CCAACCAGCUUUCAGUAAAGACGAGGCGAAGCGCGGGAGGAGGGCGAAGAACGAACGAGCGUGCUAGUUCCCUUGGCAGGCUUCUCCUUUUGCUUACCACCAUGGCUUCGUCCAGCAAAAGAAAGCGGACCAGCCAUGUUAACAGCGGCUCUCAAACUUCUAAUAGCGUAGCGAACAUGUUAACAGGCAGUCAGCCCGAUGGAACCGAUGGAGGCGGUCGUUUUGUUGAGGGAUCCAUACUUCGCCUCACCAUGAAAAACUUCCUGACCUAUGACUACUCUGUGGUGCAUCCUGGACCUAAUCUGAACAUGAUUGUUGGAGCCAAUGGAACUGGCAAGUCUAGCAUUGUGUGUGCCAUCUGUCUGGGUCUGGCUGGCAAGACCACUAUCCUGGGCAGAGGCGACAAGGUUGGGCUCUAUGUCAAACGCGGGUGCCGUAAAGGAUCUAUUGAGAUUGAACUGUACAAGACUGGUGGUAAUGUAGUGAUUAACAGAGAGAUCCAUGUGGAGAACAAUCAGUCGCUGUGGAUGCUGAAUGGAAGACACUGCAACCAGAAAGCAGUGGAAGAAGAAGUCAAGACUCUGUGUAUCCAAGUCAGCAACCUCUGCCAGUUUCUACCUCAGGAAAAAGUGGGAGAGUUUGCCAAGAUGUCCAAAAUUGAGUUGCUGGAGGCAACUGAGAAGUCAGUGGGACCACCAGAGAUGUAUGAGUACCACUGUGAGCUCAAAAACUUCCGCAACAAAGAACGAGAACAGGAGAACAUUGUGAAAGAGAAGUCCAGUUUUCUCGAGAAGGCCAAGCAGAGGAAUGAGAGGAACAAACAUGAUGUAAACCGUUACUAUGAAAAGAAGAGGCAUCUGGACAUGAUUGAGUUGCUUGAAAAGAAGAAACCAUGGGUGGAGUACGAGACCACCCGUAAGGAGCUUGAGGGCACGAAGAAGGAGCGAGACGAGGCCAAAAAGCAGCUCUCUGCCCUGAAGCAGGCCCAGGCUCCCAUGCUGAGGAAGAUCCAGCUGAUUGACAACCAGCUGAAGCCCACUGAGGCACAAAUAAAGGCUAAGGUAAAAAAAAAAAGCAAAGUUACUACUCUCUGCUAG